AUGACAACCUCGCAAUCCGCACCCGCACCCGCACCCGCAGUCAACGGGACUGCGAGCGACUAUGGCUCCGACCUCGACACGGACGGGGAAGACCAGCUGAGCCAGGCCUUGUCGCAGUUCGCGGCCGACGCACCUGCAGUUAAGCCGUUCGUGCCCGAGAGCAUCGAGCAAGAUGAUCCGCCGCAGCUUCCCUCAGCGCAUGUGCCUAGGAGCUCUCCACCCCAGCCCCUGCCUCAGCGUAGCAGCACGAGCGAGCAACCGGCGCGUUUACGCGCGCUGCGUUCGCCCUCAGUCGAGGUCGAGUACGACAACGGCAACCGGACGAUGUUUGCACGCGAAGGCAGCAUCAGUGCGAGCACUCGUCAAGCGUCUACAGAGCCUGAAUCGCAACCAGCUGUCCCAGACGACCGAUCGCCUCUGGAGCGCUUUCGAACAGCGCCGAAGAAACCCCUAUCUGUUACCGACAUUGUGUCACCAGCAUGGUGCGAGCUGCAGUACUGGUACUCGCUCACGAAGCAUGGGCGGAAGAAGCGCACGCCGGCUAUGAAACAGGGCAGUAAGGUGCAUAAGGUGCUUGAGGAGCAGGUUCACCACAUUGUGCCGGUCACGGUGCAGACUCGGGAAGACGGCUGGGGCUUGAGGAUAUGGAACGUCAUCCAGGGGCUUCGGACACUCAGAGCUACCGGUCUGACCCGUGAGCUUGAGAUAUGGGGUGUGAUCGACGGGCAGGUCGUCAACGGGAUCAUUGAUGAGCUGUCGUAUACAUGUCCCGACGAAGCCCUCGAGGAGAGCAUGUCGAAAAACAAGACUACGAAGGCCGAGAACCCGCUCCCACGGAAUCAGCGCUCACUCAGAGAUCUGUGGAAGACUGCCGAUGGCACUACGCCUACGUCGAAUGCUCGGAUAGGAAACCCACAUCUCCAGCGAAAGAUCUACCUCUCAGACGUCAAGACUCGUGGCGGAAAGACUAUCCCCCAAGGUGCCUCUGUGCGGCCCACAGUCAUGCAACUGAUGCUUUACCGCAAGCUGCUCGCCGGUCUAGCCUCUAACAGCGUGAACGCAGAGACACUUUUCAGUCGAUACAGCUUGAAACCCUCCGACCCGUUUACGGACGCAUUUAUUGCUGAAGUCGGUGGACUCGACUAUAAUUUCCGCGAGGAUUCAAACGAGGACUUCGCACCGGUCAGCAGUCAACAAGACUCGGUGGUAGAGCUGCUGGAGCACAACAGCCUUAACCAGAUCUGGUCCCUUAUGAUUGCUGAAUUUUCCAGAACAAUGUCCGGGCCCGACAGCAUCGGCGAUGUCCUCAAGGCCGAAUAUCGCAGCUCCAGCGACGGUAAGAUUCUGGGCAGCAGGUGCUUCGCCUACGACGACAAAGCGCUGCAAGACUACCUGGAUGACGAGAUGAAAUGGUGGAAAGGCGAGCGAGAGGCAAGAGGCGUGGACAUCGAGGAAGCUUUCAAGUGCCGCAUCUGCGAGUUUGCGGCGGAGUGCACUUGGAGAAAAGCGAAGAUUGACGAGGCGACUGAGAAGCAUAGAUUGAGGAUGGCAAAGAACAAGUCUGAGGUUUAA